UAAGAUAUGAAGUAAAGAUUUUGAAAAACGAAAGGUUUUUUAGGUUAUAUUAUUUAAAACAAAAACGAUACUGAUUAUUACCAUGUAAGAAGCCACUUAUACAACUGAACGAAUAUGUUAUUGGUUUGUAUUACAUAAUAAUGAAAACAAGUGAAAACUGUGAUUUGUCUUGUUAUCUCUUGAAAAGUGGCGCCGACUUUUAGCGGUCGCUUCAUAGCGUGGCGUCAAAUUACGUCACGGAAACUAUGGAAAAAGAUGGCGUAGUUUCUCGACACCGUAGCAUAAAAUAGCGGUGGCGUUAAGUCUAUAUAAGCCAAAAAAUUGCAUGACUGUGCCAAGGGAUACACCGCCUAAAUUCUUCCAAUUUUUUUCGCUAUUAAACUUUAACUUUUAAAAUGAAAGUCGUCUGGACCAGUGAUGAAGACGAAAUUUUAAUAAAAUUCGUGCGUGGCCACGACAUUUUAUACAAUGUAAGACAUAAAAACUACAGACAGACAAACGCCAAACGAAAGUUGUGGCGGGAAGUAGGCAAGACUAUAAAUAAAACAGAGACUGAAUGCUACAAGAGAUGGUGUUACGUAAGAGAUUACUAUAUUAGACGCAAAGGAAGAAUCAUUACAAUUGGAGAAGCGGCAAUGAAAAGAGCCAACCUCCUAUCCUUCAUAGACCACUUCACAUUAUCCCAUAAAAAUUUGGCCGAAAUGGACAUGAUGGCAGAAGAUAAUUCACAGGAUGACAGUGAACCUAUAACAUUCCUGAAUGAUUCAGAUGAUACAACAUUCGACAAUGAAGAGAGCAACACAUAUGAAAAUUACAAUAGCAAAGACUCUGAGGAUAGUACUAAUAUACUGUUGGCCCAGAAACAUAAAAUAGAUUCGAAAUACUGUCAGAAAAAACAGCUUUCUCUGAACGAGAUGGACGAAACAGACCUAUAUUUCUACUCCAUGUCCAGAAUAAUAAAAAAACUGCCGAAACACGAGCAAGUGCAUUUACGGAUGCAAAUUGGGGCUUUGGUGGGAGAAGCAGAACUGCGCUGCCUACCUAUUGAAUCAUCGGCAAUAAGUUCUUUUGUUAAGACUGAGUUUUCUGAAUGUGAAUCAUAAUAUGAACAUACAUUUUCCCAAUGCAAACAGUGGAGUAUAAAUUAGUUUAAUUUAUGUUACUACAAAUAUUAUCUGUGGCAUUGAUACAGAUGAACCGAUUGGUAGAUUUGGAUAUCUCAGUUCUGAAUUAUUGAAUUUAAAAGAUAUAUUUUUAUAAUACAGAGUCUAGUAUAUAUGUUAUUCACAACUGCUAGUGGGAAAGUAAUAUAUUCCAAGUUAAAUAUUUUUCUUUCCACAUGAAUUAUUUUCAAUACAUAAUAAAAUAGGUAUAAUUAGAUAUAAUUUUAAUAAACCUUGGUUUUAUGUAGUUGCACAUAGAAAUCUACAAUAGUUUGGCUAAUUUAAAAGGCAACAGUCAAGGAAACUAUUUGUAGAUAUUUUUUUUUUUUAUUCAAUCAUGAACAAUUUAAAAAAUACAAGAAUAAUAUCAUCGACGUAGGAAAAUCUAUCUAUACAUAAACAUAUAGUAAAACUGUAAAUGGAGUCGUUCUGGGAAUAAUAAAGCCAAAACAUUUUUUUUAUCUGUGUAUGUUUGUUCGCACAACACGCAAGAAUUGCCUGAUGAAUUUUGAUGCCGUUUUCACAGCUUUGUAGAGCUUAUAUGAGUAUGUCUUACUUAAAUCUAAUAUAGGUAUACAUUGCUUAGAACCCGAAUUAUUGUCAAUAAUAAGUUACGAGUGGAUACACUUAAUAAAAGCUAGUAAGAAAUAAAAUCAGUUACAUUUGUUUGAAUAUCAUAUAAUCUGUGAUAAAAUAUUUGUUUUUAAUUUUAUUUUAAAAUGUGGUCUUAAUAAAUGAACAUAAUUUUGUC